UAGGGUAGCUGAGCUGUGCUAGGAUAGGUAGUCGCUAUUCAGCAGCUUUCAGCAGUUUAUUGCCGUACACAAUUCAUUUAUUUCAAAGCUGAAAAAUUGACCGUACUGCUACAGUACUAGCAACUAGGAAUCCUCUAUCAGGCAUUACGUUCAGGUGUGGCAAGUCAUUCACCAAUCAUCACAUCCACAAGUGACCAACCCGACCUGUCCUGUCACUUCACAGUCUUUCAGUUUCACUCACUCACCUGGCUGGGUCUUGGUGACCUGGGCUGCGAACUUGUGAAGUCAUUCAGAAUCUACUGCACCUCUAAACUCCACCUCAUGAUGAUCACUCCUAGACCCUAGUAGACCAAUUUCACCAAGUCUUCAACAAGACUAUCCUCUUUGGAAAAAGGCUAUAUUUAGUAAAAGAAAAUUAGUUUAAAUUGGUCUUUUGGCUAGUGAAUGCUAAUACUAGCUGAAUUUGGAACUGUUCAAAAUCCAAUAUGGAGGGUGGAGGACUUCUUGCUGUCUUAGGAGAAGCUGCCAAAGUUGCAGGCAGUGUUGCUGGUGGAUCUGGUGAAACAGUUCAUGAUGUCAGUUCAGCCAGUGGUGAAGUGGAGGCAGCUGAAAAGUGUGCCAUCCAACGCGCAAAAAUUCUGGUCGCCAAUAUGCUUCAACGUCCUGAUCAGCUCCAUAAAGUUGACCAGUACAGAAGGAGAACAACGAGGAAAAAGGCCUCGGUAGAAGCCAUGCUGAAAACUGCCAUGCAGAGUCAAUUAGACGGAGUCAGAACGGGACUGACCCAGCUCCAGACUGCUCUCGAAGACUUGCAAGAUGUCAAACGAAAGCAAAUUGAAGUUGAGAAGCUACUGUCUGGAGUAGGAGGUCUUGGUGAGACGAUGAGUGGCUUGAGAGAGGAAUACGUGAGAUACUCGCAAUACCUCGCAGCUACCGAGAACCUCAAGCAUAUCUUCACUGUGCCUGAGAGCAUUCAGAAGACACAAAAGCUCAUUGCCGACAACAAUUUGUUGUAUGCUCAUCAGUGUCUGAUGGAUCUGGAGAACAGUCGAGACGAUCUUCUCUUUGAGCUUCACAAGCUGCCUCACCAGAACCCCAACGACACUAAGAUGCUCACAGAAUAUUUUGCUGACGUCAACAAGCUCUCUGAAUAUCUCGGCAAGCAAGUGUGGGUGGUGCUGCAGCGCGCCCUGAACACCGUACGCAAGGAGCCUGCACAGCUGGUCACCGCCCUGCGCAUAGUAGAGAGAGAGGAACGCGCUGACCAAUACGCGCUGCAGCGUGAAAAAAGCAGUGGAUUCUUGCCUGAAGGUCGACCCAAGAAAUGGAGACAGAAAGCCAUGUCGGUGCUGGAGAAUUCCGUGGUUGUCAGGAUAGAAGCAAAUCAGUUCGAGGACCGGGAAACAAACAAGAGUUGGUUGAUCCGACAUCUCGAGGUGAUCCGGUUACUGACGCUAGAAGACCUGCGUGUCGUGAAGGGACUUUGUGUGCAAUGCUUCCCGCCGCACUACGACGUCGUCAACACCUUCAUUGCCAUGUACCACACGGCCGUCGCUAACCACCUAUUGGAAAUGGUUGAGAGCGGGCUGGAAGACAACGAGUUCGUGACGCUGCUGUCGUGGGUGCUUAACACGUACCACGGGCCUGAGCUCAUGGGUCAUCCUUCUCUGGGCCUCAACGUCUCUGCUUUCCCACCUCUGCUCGAGAAAAAAGUCCUUGAAGGACUCGUCAAGAAAUACCUUACGAACGUUCGCUGCAACUACGAGUCGUGGCUGGAGAAGGCGCUGGAGUUGGAGAGCCAAGAGUGGCGUAAAGACCAGCCUCCCGACACUGACAAGGACGGCUGCUACAAGACCGAGCUGCCGCACCUCCUCCAUCAGAUGGUCCAGCAGAACAUCGACGUCGCCAACACUAUAAGCCCCAUGGUGAGCCACGAGGUGAUACUGUGUUCCCUGCAGCAGCUGAAGGUCUUCGCUGAGCGCUACAGGAGGGCGAUCAUGGCUUACCGCGACUCUUACUUUGCCGACCGCUCACGAAUCCAAUACUUCACGACGUACAUGAUAGCGCUCGCCAACAGCUGUCAGGCGCUGAGUGACGUGGUGCAGCUCUGGCGCCCUCCUGCCUCCCAGAAUCCGCCUCCCUCCCUGGCCACUAACUUCUCUGCCCUUAUUAAGGCUUUUCAGGUGCUGCAGCAGGAGCUGUGCGACCUGCUGCUGGAGGAAGCCCUGCUCGACUUGGCCCCCAAGUUCAGCGCGCUGCUCACGCCUGCUUGGCUCAACGACCCUGAGCCGCUGAGCACCAUCUGCCUCACGCUCAACGACUACUUCGAGGACUACCAGCACCUGCACUCAAAGAACUACGAGCAGGUGUUGGUGCUCGCCAUCCAGAAGGUGUCGGUGCGCUACACGACGGCGCUGCUGCAGCGGCGCAUCACGCUCAAGACGCACGACGACAGGAAGAAGCUCGCUGACCGCGUCACUGAGGAGGCGGACAAGCUGCAGUCCGUGUUCACGGCGAUCGCGGGCGACCGCCUGCGCUACGACAGCCCCUGUGACGUCAUCAAGGCCCUCGCUGAAGUCAUCCGUACGCCGGACACGGAGAUGCUCAACCUCGAGCUGCCGCCUCUGAAGAGGAAGUACCCCGACAUGAGCAGCGAGCACCUGACGGCGCUGCUGCUGCUGCGAGGCGACCUGUCCCGGCAGCAGGUGCGGCAGAAGGUGGCCGAGGUGCUGGAGGCUGCCAGCGCCAGCACCACAUCUCAGGCACCGCGGCCUGGCACCAUCUUCGGCCACAUCAUCCUGCCUACAUCAGUCUUCCCGCACAUCUAGAGCACAUCCCCCCGCCCACAUCUAGAGAACAUCCUGCCCACAUCAGCAUCCCCGCACAUCUAGAGCCGUCAGACUUUUGUACGAGACGUGGCGUCGUCCCGUGAACCCUCACGCCCCCUCAUUGAUUCAAGCUUGUCACGCACCACCUGACCGCGUAUGUGAAUUUUUAGGCAUUGAAAUUGAAUAAUCUACAGGAUUAGUAUUAGCUGGAAAAUAUCACGGACAAUUAUUCGUCUUGCGGUUGAAAAUGGAGUAACGCGGCCUAAUAACAAUUACUUUGAAGCGCGUUCUAGUGAAACUUGCUUGUUCCGAUGUUCCGAUUCAUAAAUUUUUCCUGUACCGUUUCAAAUCUGAUUACAAGUUCUAAUUCUAUAUUGUCUUGAAUUUAAAUAUAUUUGUCAAAUGUAAGUAUUUAUAUGUAGGUUUAUAUUUAGAACCACAAUUAAAGAUUUAACUGUGAACGUUCAGCCGUCAUAAAAUGGUUACAAAAUAUUUACGUGUUGAUAAAUGCCAAGUUGCGAAUGUUCGCUUCUAAAAAAUGCUGAAAUUGGAGUUGAUAAGAAUUUUAGGACCCUCAAGAGCUGAAAUGUAACAACUACCUAUUAUUAAACGUUUGCUUUAUUCUCGAAUGUCUUCUCCCUUGGUCGUUUACUGCUCUUCAUUCAAGUUCUGUUCGUGUGUUGAAUGCGAAGAUGCCUCUAUAUUUAUUUUUUUUAUUUACUCGUAUAAAGUAUUUGUAUGUCAUUUGUCUGCGCAACUCACUGAUUAAUUAAGGAUUUAAAAGUGAAAAAAUUACAAAUAAAAUCACCAUAUUUUCCUUAGAAACUAUCAGGAGACCAGCUUUAUCAUCAGUUCCAAAACUUAAAGAAAGCUUGCCUGAUAGAACGAAUUUAUGUACAUGGAAGAGAUUGAAAACCCAAUUGUUUAAUAGAAAAGCCAAGUAACGUGAAAACCUAUUGAUUGAAAUUUUUAAGCGGAUAAGAAUAAAAUGCGAUGUUUAGACGUGGUUUUCGUUUUAAAUGUGCAAUGAUUCCAAGAUCCUCAAAUUCAAAUCGCUCACCGACUCAGGUUCGGCGGGCAGCUGAAUUAGUCGAAUUGGCAAUCAGAUUUCCCGGACGAUAAUUCCUUCGUUAUCCGACCGACCUGAUGAAGUUAUUCGACGUUAUUAUGGCGUACGCUGCUGCGCACAAGUUUAGGUUGCAUCUGGACUUGAAUAGCAUUCAUGUGCCUGAGAAAGAAACCGAUUCAACAUCUAUUGGCCAACAUUUCAAUGAGUUCAACAUAUUGAUAAUAUGUAUCUAAUAUUUUCAGCUCUUUGGCCAAAGUUUCUGAUGUGUAUGGUAAGAUGUGUACAAUAAUCAUUUUUCGUACUAUCAACCUCAGGAACAACUUCUUACUAUCCUGUACAUAUUAACAUGAGUAACUCUAGUGUAAACUUGAAAAAGUAAAAUAUAUAUCUUCCAAAUAAAUUCAAUAAUAUUAUUAAUUAUGCUCUAUUUUUUAAAAUCUUUGAAUUGAUGAUGCGGAUGGCCUCCUAAAUGUUCUUUCAUGAAUGUAUGGCGUAUUUAUUAGCUUGUUUUUCGCUUCUAAAUUAUUAUCCUAAAUUGUACCAGUUAAGUCACCCUCUAAAAGACUUGGCACGUGUGCAGUUUACGAGAGCUGUUUCGAUGUCAUCGAAUUCAUGAGAUCGACAAGUUCCUUGUCUAUCCCAGGACAUACAUCAACAUAAAAUAUGAUAAAUUAAAUUGCUUAUUUAUUUCUUGUUGUGCUGAUUCUAAUAAUCAGUGUAUUAUAUACAAAGGCAUGUUAUUUUGUAAACGUAUGUUAUUGUUUUUUUUCUGACAAUUUUGAUGAAUUUAACUAAUA